AUGGAGGCCAAGGCCCAUUCCAAACAGAGCUAUACCAAGCCUGGGCAGAUCUCAUGGAUGGAAGAGGACCUUGCCCAGUGCUCUCGCGACUUUGCUCCAUUGGCAGAAGAACGAGAUGCGGAGACGGGUCGCGACGACGUAUCUCGAGCGAAGGAUGAAAGAAAAAUUCACGUGGGGGUUAUCGGAGCGGGGUUUGCAGGAUUGAGGUGUGCUGAAAUCUUGCUUGAUCAUGGUGUCCAGGUUACGGUCCUGGAAGCUCGGAAUCGACUUGGUGGGCGUGUUCACCAAGAAAAUUUGCUUGGUCAUGCUGUUGAUAUGGGCCCGAACUGGAUACAUGGAACCCUCAAUAACCCAAUCUUGAAUUUGGCAAAACAAACAGGAACAACCCUUUCCACAGUGGAAGAUCACCCCUGCGUCUUCGAUCAAAAUGGCGAAGUGAUUAGCCAUGAUAAAGCCACAGAACUCUUAGACCUGGUGUGGGAGAUCAUCACGGAGGCCUUCAAGUACAGUAACGAAGAGAGUUCGAAUAUCUCACUAGAGAGAAGUUUGAAGGACUUUUUCAUUGACCAGAUCGGCAAGAAAGGACUGUCUCAACAGGAUCAGACUUUAAAGUACUUCUGGCUUGAAGAAUGUCUCGAUGGAGACAAUCUUUACGUUGCAAGCAGCCAUGCCAAGAUCCUAUAUAAAAUUGCAGACAAGGCACUCAAACAUGCAGACAUUCACCUUCGAACCAAGGUGAUCAACUUCGAAAACAAAAGCAGUCUAGAAGGAGGCGACCGCAAAGUCCGCGUAACGUCCACCGAGAACCAGACCUGGGAAUUCGACGACGUAGUCGUCACAAUCCCUCUGGGAGCACUCAAAUGUGGCACUCCGAAAUUCGAACCACCACUCUCGCCAGCAAUUACCAAUGCUAUCAAAAAUACUUCAUAUAGCCGCUUGGAGAAAGUCUACAUUACCUUCCCCAGAGCAUUCUGGGAAUCACCCGAGUCAGAGUCCACCACCACCACCACCACCACCAAAUCAACAUUCCAAUCCUUCGCAAACUUCCUGCACCCAAUCUACUCGCCCUCCGAAAACCCACAAUCCUGGACACUAGAGGUAAACUCCCUCUCGUCCACGAUCACAUUCGGCACACACGCCCAACCAACCCUCCUCUUCGGCAUCUACGGCCCCUGCGCAACACACAUAACAUCCGCCAUCAACACACUAUCACCCUCCUCACCAGAAUACUUCCAUGUAAUCGACGACUUCUUCCGCCCCUACUACGCGCUCCUACCAAACUACGAUGCGACCAAUCCACACUGCCGACCCCGCGCCGUAUUAGCUACGAAUUGGCAGAAUGAUGAGCUAGCCGGGUACGGGUCGUAUAUGAAUUUCAAAACGCCCGAGCCACGGGAGGAUGGAGGGGAGGAGGGUUUAGGGGAGGGGUCUAGAUUGGAGGAUGAUAUUCGGGCUUUGAGGGUUGGGAUGCCGGAGAGGGGGAUUUGGUUUGCGGGGGAUCAUACGGCGCCGUUUGUUGCGUUGGGGACUUUGACGGGGGCUUAUUGGAGUGGGGAGUUGGUGGGGAUGAGGAUUUUAAAAGGGUAUGGAAGGGCUUUGGAGUCUGUGGGAGGGAAGGAAGUGGUUAUUGGUAAUGGUGAGAAUGGAAGGGGUGCUGGGGAUGGUUAG